AUGAUUUGUACGGACGACUGCACCUGCAGCUUAUGCAGGGAAUUGCGUGGAUACAAGCUGAAAGUGAAACCAACCAAAGCGACCGAUCAGCGACCGUACGCCGAUAGCGGAAGUCACCACCAGCAGCAGCAGCAAUCUCAGUCGAAGUAUUGCAAGAACGCCAAACUAACGCGCAAUGAUAACUUCAUCCUGAGGCGUCGUACCUCGAACGAUUACCAACGGUCACCGGAUGGACGUCAGGCGUCGCUGAGCGUGCUACCAACGGGAGACGACACGUACGAUCCCGGCUACGCCCAGCCAACACCGCAACCCCACCAGAGCCAUCGCUACGGCCAAAUGCAGAGCAAUCGGAUGAAGAAGGCACAGAGCUACAAUGAGAUACCGGCCGUCGCUAACGGUGCUGGACGCACCCGGUACAAUCCGAACGCAAAGAUGAUCAAGAGCACUAACAAUCUGACGGAAGAGGAUGAUUAUUACAGCUAUCUGCCGCCGUCACCGCCACCGCCCGUCACCGGUGCCGGCCCUUCGAUGAAGAACAAAAUCGAAAAGCAGAAAGAUCACAAGGUGAUCAUCUACUUCGGCGACUCGAUCGCGCACAGGAAAAGCGACAAAACCCGUCCGGCACCGCCACCACCCUCGGGCACACCGCCACCGCCCAAGGUGAGCGAGCUGAACGUAUUCCACGCCCAGCGGCUGUGCGAGGAAACGGCAGAAAUGUUGCAGCAACGCGAGGGCGGCAGCAGCAGUGCCGGAAGCAGCCACUGUGGAGGCGUUUCAAGCCGGCCAACCGUGCGCGAGGCGCUGGAGAAGAAAUCCGAACCUGCUGGCGGCAAACCGGGCAAGGAGUUCAUGAUGCAGCUGAAGUCCGUGCUGGAGGAAAAGAAUCGGGGAGGUGGCGCUGGCAGCGAAUCGCACCCGUCGGCAAGCGGUGUUACCGUACCGAUCGGUACCGCAGAGCCCCCGGCGGCCCAACCGAGCCCGGAGGAGUCGCGCCGACCAAGCCAAGAACCGAAGCCCAAACGAACGCAUACGCAGGUGGUGGAGAUACGGCGCGUCGAUAAGACGGUGGCAACCGAUGGGGCAACGGACACCUCGCUGCCGUCCUUUGUCGAGAGCGUCAUUAACGGUGUCAUCAACAUCAAGAUAGAGGAAAGCUUCAAGGUGGCAUCGGAUAUUGUGCAGGCCGUGUUUGAGGAUCCGGGACCGGACGGAGGCGCGGAGUAUGGCUACGAUGAUGACGAUGUUGGCGAUCCGUUCGAUUGGAGCUUCGUGCAAAACUGGAGAGCACGACCCUCCGGUACGGCUGUAACGAACGGGCAGGUUAGUUCUCCGCCCAACACGUCCAGCAAUCAGAGCAGCAUCGGGCUCGCCAACAACCCCACGCACAAUGGUUCCAGCGCCGUCAGUGGUGCCGGCAGCGGACCCAACUAUCCAGCCAGCCCUAAUGGGCUAUCACCCGGCAACCAUUACAUAGCGUCUUCGAAUCCGGUUGCCUCGCCGGGUGCUCGCAUCCAGAGUCCGGCAAUCGCUACGCCGGCUCCGAGGGUUUCGAAGGAAAUCGCCCUUCGUCCGGCGAAUGGCAAUGGUGAGAUGCGCAACUUUAGCUUAUCCCCGGUCAACCAGCAGUCCGGUGCCGGUGGCCAACUCAACGCGGAAACGAAUCUACCGAACUCCCAGCCGAACGAGGGCAACAGAAAGUUCCACCAGCUUUCGGGGCAGCAAGCCGGUGGACAGCACUCGCAACCCCAUCCGCUGGUCGGGGUGCACCAUCAGCAUCAUUCGCAGCAACAGCAGCAACAUCCGCCGCAACAUCCGCAGCAUCUGCAGCAGCAACAUCAACAACACCAUCAACAGCAGCAGCAGCAACAGUCCGGACCGCAUCGUUCGGUGGCCGGUCCGACCAAGCUUACCGUGCAAAGCUCCCCGGUAAAGGCCCAGCCAGCGAUGGUAAGCGCCGGGCUGGACAAGUCCGUGGUAAGCUCCACCAGCAAUGGCUGCAACGACCUGAACAGCAAACGGACCGUCAACGGGAACGUGAUCAGUAGCGUUACCACGAUCAACGAGCAGCUCCACGCGGGCAGCACCAGCACGAGCAGCGGCAGUAGCGUAAGCCACCUAAAGCAACACUUUUCCCAGAGUCAUCACGCGGUGCCGACCUCAUACCAGGUGGCAUCUUCCACCACGGUGAACGGGGGUGCCCCGGGUUCAGCGCAGCCCGGCACACACUUGGCUAGCCCCGUCUCGAAGGGAGCGCCGCUCGGCAUUACGCGAACGCACCAUCACACCGGAACGCACGAUUUUCGCGGACUGCAGCGUGUCAACGAGUGCCACAGCUCGUCCGAUGAGAACCGCUCAUCCGGUCACGCCAGCAUGUCCGACACGGGCCACGGAAGUAGCUCACCGGGGGGUGGAACUCGCACCGGUGGUCCGCUGGGCCCGUUGCCCGAGGAUCGCCUGGCGGCCGGUGUUACCAAUCGCAGUGCGCGCUCGCGUGCCAGCUCGAACCAUUCGCGCUCGCGGCACCGUGCCACGCCGGCCAAAAUCCCGUGGGGCGGCGGCGGGCUGGAAGACAUCAAGAUGGCCAUCCAGCAGCUGACGAUGCGGUCGCAUACGUCCACCUCGACGUACAGCAGUCUGAGCGCGGGUUCGGAAAGCUCGGAACCGGUGCGCCGCCUGGGUCGGUACAGCUCGCUGGAGACGGUCAACACGAACGUGACCAGCGCGGACGAGUUCGUGUGGGUCGAUUCGCACAACCGGCUGGUGGAGCUGCAGCAUCCACCCUGGAGUCAGCACUGUGUGCUGCGCGUCAUUCGAACCGGCCGCUGCCGGGAGUACGCCGAGCGCGUGUCCGUGGAAGCCGUCCCACGUCUCGGCUAUCUGCUGCAGCGGGCACUGGUCCGUGUGGCUCGCGAAGUACAGCGACUGUCCGGUAGCUUGGGCCUGUGCUCCAAGCACGAGGUGGCCGGUGCGUUCAAGAUCGUGCUUUCGCCCGCACUGUCCGACUCCUGCAUUAAGGCGUGUUUGCGAGCAGCCGCCAUGUUUGCCGUGCCGGGCGAUAGUGCGCUGAAGCAGAGCAAGUCGGCGCGAGCCGGACUGCAGCUGCCGGUGGGACGAUUCCACCGUUGGAUGGCAGACGCCCGACUCGGACGCUUCGUACACGAAUACGCUGCCGUGUACUUGUGUGCCGGGUUGGAAAAUCUUCUCGAGGAAAUAUUCCUACAGUGUCUGCCGACCGAUGCCGGGGCAGCCCUGACAGCGACCGGGCUGGAGCAUGCGAUCGCCGGUUCCGGUGACUUGUGGGGGCUGUUGCAACCGUACGCACAUCUGAACGCGGGACGGGUUGCAUCGGGUGCGCUCACGAUGCCUCGCUGGGCCAGCCAGUCAUCCAUCAACUCCGGUGCGGUCGGUUCUAGCGCGCUCGAGCCCUGCCUGCUGACCACCUGCGUUGGAAGUCUGAACGAGUUGAAAGAUCUGGUCGGACGGGCGCAGCAACGCAGCCAGCACAUUCCCAUCUCACAGACCGCGUUCCGCGUGCUGUUCUACUUCAUGCGAUGCUCCCAGCUCGAACACAACGAUGUGGGAGCCGCCACCAACGGUGCGGUCAACAACAUCCAGGAGCUGUGCUACGAACGGGCGUACGUCGUUCUGCCACCGUUGGUCGAAUGGCUGCGGGUGUCGUCCGCGCAUGCCGAGUAUCGUCACGCGCUGCUCAUCGACAAGGACGACAUUAUGCAGGCGGCCCGUUUGCUGCUGCCAGGCGUGGACUGUCCACCGCGAUUGAUAGCCUCCGAGGAAGAAUUGCCCUCGAAGCGAACUGGUCUGUCCGGUACGCAGAGCAUCAGCUCCUCGAACCAUUCCGGACAGACACAACCGCUCCACGGUUCCCUCACGUCAAACUCGUCGACGUCGACGACGGGCAGCAUUGAAGAUUCGAGCGAAUGUGGACGGCGCGCGACGUACGCGUUGGCCUUCCGGCUAAUGCUAACGGGUCGACCGGAGUUGCUGAUACAGGCCCUGUCGCUUGUGCCCCCGACGACACGCUACGACACACUGAACCAUCAAGGCAUGACCGCGCUCAUGAUAGCUGCGGCGCGUAACGAUGAAACGGCCCUGCAAACACUGCUGGAUGCCGGUGCCGAUCCAAACGUCGAGGUACCUGCCUCCGGCCAUCCGAACUGUCCGGCCAUCCAUCCGGAAACGCAACACUGGACGGCGGUUACGUUCGCGGCCUGCAAAGGCAACUACCAGGCGUUGCGCAUACUGCUCGAUCGUGGCGCCCAUGUCGAGGGUGGUGCCCGGCUCAGCGAAGACAAGUGCACGCUGACACCGCUGCAGGUGGCUAGCGGGUCGGGCAUUGUGGAGGUAGUGGCCCUCCUGCUCGCUCACGGUGCCCAUGCCUUCCUGUCCACACAGCAGAAGGAUCUGCUAUGCUUCUCGGGCACAGCCCAACGAGGGUGCUAUAGUGCUAUCUCGGUAUCGGCCGCCCAUGGACAACGGGUAACGCUGAGGAAGCUCCUGUCCCAUCCUUUGGCUCCGGGCAGCAGGGAGGUGUUGUCGCUCGAGGAAAUGCUUGCGGAAGGGGACGGCGGAAAUACGCGUACCCAACUCGACCGUCAGCCGGAGGCCCCACCGACACUGAACAAAACCCAAAUCAAAAGUCUUCAAGAGGCCAUGUAUCAUAGUGCGGAAAAUAAUCAUUUAGAUAUUACCAUCGAGCUACGAGCGCUAGGUGUACCGUGGACUUUGCACUGCUGGAUGCACGCCCUGGCCGCCGCCCACGAGCUGCGCCUCGAUGCCGUCAUUGAUCAGCUGCUGCAAGAUUUUCUACAAGUCUGCCCCGACGACUACAGCCAGCAGUUUGUGACCGAAUGCCUACCGCUGCUGUUCAACAUUUUCCGCUACAGCAAGAAGGAAGGCACCACGCUGCUGUUGGCCGACAUCUUCAGCACCUGCUUCGGCUGGGAACCGAUCAAACCGAUCAAAGAGCCCGUUCUGCAGCCCUCGAACGGAUCGCGCAUCGAUCCCAAGUUCGUCAACAACCCGGAACUGAGCGAUGUCACAUUUCGAGUGGAAAAUCGUAUCUUUUACGGGCACAAAAUCGUUCUCGUCACCGCAUCUCCGCGUCUGCAGAGCAUGUUGAGCUCGAAGCUGAACGAAGGCACCGGCACACCGACCGUGCAGAUCAACGACAUUCGAUACCAUAUAUUCGAGUUGGUGAUGCAGUUCCUGUACAGUGGAGGAUGUAGUGCCCUGGAUGUGGCAGCAGGCGAUGUGCUGGAGUUGAUGGCAGCGGCCAGUUUCUUCCAGCUGGAAGGUCUUUUGCGGUACACGGAAGCACGCUGUGCAGAGAUGAUCGAUAUCGACAAUGUAGUCGCCAUGUACAUACAUGCGAAGGUCUAUAAUGCCCAGAAGCUGAUGGAAUACUGCCAAGGUUUUCUGCUGCAGAACAUGGUUGCUCUGUUGACGUACGACGAUUCAGUGAAGCGGUUACUGUUCGCGAAGAAAAUUCCCAACCACGAUGUGCUGACCGGUUUGCUGACCACGCUGCAGGCUCGCAUCAAGGCACGGCGGAACAGUAGUUCCGCGUCAACUGGUGGUGGAGGAGGAGGAGGAGUAGCGGUAAACAGUGCCCCAGUAAACGGUCCUACCACACCGCCCAAUGCUGCACAGAUUAAUCGCUCAUCCGCCAACGGGAAGUCCUCCAAGUAG